CGGUCCGACUCCAAUUCCAAGAUGGCGGCCCCCAUGACGGAGCUGCCGCCGCCCGGCCGUUAACGGCUGCUGCUGAGCGGGCGCCAGCUUUCCUCGCUCUCGAACCUGGAUUCAGCCGGGGGUUGGGGAAGAGCAGUGGACGGCGCUGGGGGGAGGACGGACGAGAUUUGUAAAGAGCUCUUACUUUGAAUUCAUGGUGUUUCAUCGUAUAUACGACUGAGAUAUCAAACCGUUUAGACGGUUGUUAUUGGACCAAAAAAAAUGACAUCUAUUAUCAAAUUAACUACCCUCUCUGGGGUUCAAGAAGAAUCUGCUCUUUGUUAUCUUCUCCAAGUGGAUGAAUUUAGAUUUUUAUUGGAUUGUGGCUGGGAUGAGCACUUUUCUAUGGAUAUUAUCGAUUCCCUGAGGAAGCACGUUCACCAGAUUGAUGCGGUGCUGUUGUCUCACCCCGAUCCUCUCCACCUCGGAGCCCUCCCGUACGCUGUCGGGAAGUUGGGUCUGAACUGCGCUAUCUACACGACCAUUCCUGUUUAUAAAAUGGGACAGAUGUUCAUGUAUGAUCUUUACCAGUCUCGACAUAAUACAGAAGAUUUCACUCUAUUUACAUUAGAUGACGUGGAUGCAGCCUUUGAUAAAAUACAGCAGUUGAAAUUCUCUCAGAUUGUGAAUUUGAAAGGUAAAGGACAUGGCUUGUCUAUCACACCUCUGCCGGCUGGUCAUAUGAUCGGUGGGACCAUUUGGAAAAUAGUCAAAGAUGGAGAAGAAGAAAUUGUUUAUGCAGUUGACUUCAACCACAAGAGGGAGAUCCACUUAAAUGGAUGUUCCCUGGAAAUGCUAAGCAGACCCUCCCUACUUAUCACAGAUUCAUUUAAUGCUACAUAUGUGCAGCCGAGGAGAAAACAGAGAGAUGAGCAACUGCUGACAAAUGUCCUGGAGACACUUCGUGGGGAUGGCAACGUGCUGAUAGCGGUGGACACUGCAGGCAGAGUUCUGGAACUUGCGCAGCUCCUCGACCAGAUCUGGCGAACUAAAGAUGCAGGCCUGGGUGUCUACUCCCUGGCCCUCCUGAACAACGUCAGCUACAAUGUGGUGGAGUUUUCUAAGUCCCAGGUAGAAUGGAUGAGUGACAAAUUGAUGAGAUGUUUUGAAGACAAAAGAAAUAACCCGUUUCAGUUCCGCCAUCUCUCUCUAUGCCAUGGUCUUUCUGACUUGGCUCGAGUACCCAGUCCUAAAGUGGUACUUGCCAGCCAGCCCGACCUGGAAUGUGGAUUUUCAAGGGAUCUCUUUAUUCAGUGGUGUGAGGACCCUAAAAACUCCAUCAUUCUAACUUACAGAACUACUCCUGGGACUUUAGCACGCUUCUUAAUUGAUAACCCUGCUGAAAAAGUUACAGAAAUAGAGUUGAGGAAACGGGUAAAGCUUGAAGGGAAAGAGCUUGAAGAAUACUUGGAGAGAGAGAAGCUAAAGAAAGAAGCUGCUAAAAAACUUGAGCAGUCAAAAGAGGCCGACAUAGAUUCCAGCGAUGAAAGUGAUGUUGAGGAAGACAUUGACCAGCCUACGGCUCAUAAAACUAAGCACGACCUGAUGAUGAAAGGUGAAGGCAGUCGGAAAGGAAGUUUCUUCAAGCAGGCUAAAAAGUCUUAUCCCAUGUUUCCUGCCCCAGAAGAAAGAAUUAAAUGGGAUGAAUAUGGAGAAAUUAUCAAACCAGAGGAUUUCUUGGUGCCAGAACUUCAAGCCACUGAAGAAGAAAAAAGCAAAUUAGAAUCUGGCUUGACAAAUGGAGAUGAACCCAUGGAUCAGGAUUUAUCUGAUGUUCCUACCAAGUGUAUUUCUAUGACAGAAUCUAUUGAAAUAAAAGCCAGGGUUACUUACAUAGACUAUGAAGGACGCUCCGAUGGGGAUUCCAUUAAAAAGAUCAUCAAUCAGAUGAAACCCCGACAGUUGAUCAUUGUCCAUGGGCCGCCAGAGGCCAGUCAGGAUCUUGCAGAGUGCUGCCGUGCGUUCGGUGGGAAAGAUAUUAAAGUGUACAUGCCGAAGCUGCACGAGACUGUGGACGCCACCAGUGAGACCCACAUCUACCAGGUGAGAUUAAAAGACUCACUGGUGAGCUCCCUUCAGUUUUGUAAGGCCAAAGACGCAGAACUGGCUUGGAUAGAUGGUGUCUUAGACAUGAGAGUUUCCAAAGUGGACACAGGAGUCAUUUUAGAAGAAGGAGAACUGAAGGAUGAUGGAGAGGACUCAGAAAUGCAAGUGGAGGCACCUUCCGAUGCUAGUGUCAUUGCCCAACAAAAAGCCAUGAAGAGUCUGUUUGGAGAUGAUGAGAAAGAAACAGGUGAAGAAAGUGAGGUCAUCCCUACUUUGGAACCCUUGCCACCUAAUGAGGUUCCUGGACACCAGUCAGUCUUCAUGAACGAACCCAGACUGUCCGACUUCAAGCAAGUUCUCUUACGGGAAGGGAUCCAAGCUGAAUUUGUAGGAGGUGUCCUUGUUUGCAACAAUCAAGUGGCAGUUCGUAGAACGGAAACUGGACGCAUCGGAUUAGAAGGCUGCCUUUGUCAAGAUUUUUAUAGGAUAAGAGACCUUUUAUAUGAACAGUAUGCCAUUGUGUAAAGGACAGCAUGUCAAGAAGUAUCUGUUUGACCUUUAUAAGAAAAAAAAAAGGAUUCUUAUUCUAAGCUUUUGCGCUUUUUUUUUGUAAUAUACAAAAAGAAUCUACCAGAAAAACUAAACAUGCAUUAGAUUUUUUACAAUGUAAAUAUUUGGCAAUGCUCUAAUAAGCAUUCUACCUUUUGACUUUGAAUGGGAGAAACCUAAUAUGUGUGCAGGCCUGAGAGGUGAAGAAGGUACUUAGUUUCCUUUAUAGAAUCUAACUGGAAGGGCUCUUUACUUGAAUAAAACAAUGCAACUUAGCAAACCAGUUCAUGGCCUUAGAGAAACAUAUUUGCAUGCAUUCUUGCAAACUGUUUCUUACAUUUUCUGGAAUGCAAACUGAGAAUUAUUUAGAAAAGAUGUGCUACUAGAAAAAAAAAACCUGAUAAAAGUUCUUUGAGGCUCCCUAGU